AUGAAGCAACAGCUCCAGAAUCAGACUCCUGAUCAACGACGCCAGUCUCUUUUGGGUGAUUUCCCUGCUGCAGCAUUGAAGCGAACAGCUGAAGUGGAAGCACCAGAACUGGCGAAACGCUUGAAGAGCGGCUUCUAUGCCACUUUGAUGGUGUCUCUGUCCCAAAAGGAGCUUCAAGAGAAGAGAGGACGUCGUCCAGGUCAUCAACAUGCAAGUGAAUGGCUGUCUCGACGUGAGUUGGAGACAUUGAAGGAGGUGGUUGACUUGCCAGUGACGGCGAUGAUCGUGGAAGAGAAGGCUGCAGAGGUGUCCACACGUCCCCGAAGGAAGGACGUGCAGGGUGCUUAUGUCCAACAUGGUGAUCGGCUUUAUCAGGUUCCAUGGCCAGAAGAAAGGAUGUAUGCCUGGAAGAACUUCGUUCACCAAGAUCGCUUGGCUCGACGUGCUUGUCAGAUCUUUCUUCUGAAGAUGAAGGCCAAUGGCAAGGAACUGGAUCCUCGGCAUUUCUCUCCUGAUGAGAAAGUCCAGGACGAUAAGUCGGAUGAGGCUGAGUGGUUGUCAUGGAUUCGCAACAAGGUUGUGCAGUUGGUUCCUCCGGAGCGUGCGAAAAAG